CCUUAUAAUUCAUCUACCAACUUCAGAUUUUUAAUAGUCAAUAUUAUUCAAUCAUUAUAACUUAUUGUCUACGUCAAGACUUCCAAAAGCAAAUUAACAGCCCAUGCUAUUGCUUUACAGCCUUUCCUUCUCUUUUGCUGCAACUAAUCAAAAAUCACAGACAUUCCUUUUGUCUUUGCAUAUUUCCAAAAUCAAAUUAAUACCCACAUCUCAAAAUGCAGAAUCUGACAUGGGUUUUAAAUCUUUUCCUAAUUUUUUCAUUCUUCAAUGGAUUGUCGAAAUCGGAAACUCGGGUGACAACACCAUCAGGAAGCAAUGCAGCUGAUAGAUCAGCACUUCUCAGCUUCAAAUCAAAGAUUGUCAAAGACACGACGGGCAUUCUCGAAUCGUGGGUCGGAACAGAUUGCUGUGAUGGAAGCUGGGAAGGUGUGGGGUGUAACCCAUCAACCGGAAGAGUCACUAGUUUACAGCUGCAGAAACCUGUGAGUGACACUAAUACUGAUGAUAUAUACAUGGAUGGGAUUUUGUCACCUGCUUUAGGUAACUUAAAAUUUCUUGAAGUACUGAUAAUUAGUGGGAUGAAACACAUUAAAGGAAACAUUCCUAACACAAUUUCCAACUUAAAACACUUAUCACAGCUUGUUCUUGAGGGAAAUUCACUUGUGGGACCCAUUCCUCCUAGUAUAGGCCAUUUGCUUUCUCUUCAAACCCUUUUGUUAGAUAAUAACCACUUAAGGGGUCAAAUUCCAUCUAGCUUAGGAAACCUUAAAACCCUUCUCCAGUUAAAUCUAGGUAACAACUAUCUUUCUGGCCCAAUCCCACCAAGUUUUAAGAACUUUAAAAGUUUACAAUUUCUUGAUCUUAAUCACAAUUCAGUAUCUGGGUUAAUCCCAGAUUUUAUUGGGCAGUUUCAAAAUCUAACCUUUAUUGAUCUUUCUUAUAACAAACUGUCUGGUUCUUUACCUGUUUCACUUUUCAGUAUCGGUUCGCUUUCGGAUAUCUCCCUGAGCAAUAAUCAGUUAACAGGAAGAAUCCCAGAUCAAAUUCAUGCCCUUAAAUCUUUAACCAGUCUUUCCCUUAGUAAUAACCAAUUCACAGGCCAAAUUCCGGAAGGGCUAGCUAAACUAGAGUACUUAUGGUACUUAAACUUAUCAAGAAACUCACUUUCCAAUCCUUUACCAAGUGCCCUUGCUAAAGGCUUACCUUCUUUAUUGUCAAUCGACUUGUCCUACAACAAAUUCAGUUUAGGGACAGUUCCUGAUUGGAUCAAGAACAGAGAACUUACUGCUGUCCAUUUAGCUGGUUGUAACCUUAAAGGGACACUUCCGAUCUUCAAAUCACCCUCUUCUUUAACCUCCAUUGAUUUCUCCCAUAACCAUUACGUUGAUGGAAAUAAUGGGAUUUCUUCUUUUUUGACAAAAAUGUCUAAUUUGCAAUUUCUCAAUCUAUCCCAUAACCAACUAAAAUUUGAUGUUUCCAAGAUGAUCUUACCAAAUGGGUUAUCUUCUAUUGAUGUAAACUCUAAUUUGAUCUAUGGCCCACUUUCAGCAAUCCUUAAUGACCAUACAUCUAGCUUCCUAGAGGUUAUUGAUGUUUCAAGGAACAUAAUUUCAGGCACUAUUCCUGAAUUUACUCAAGGGUUAAGCUUGAAAGUACUCAACAUUGGGAGUAACAAGAUUACAGGGCAUAUACCAAGUUCAAUCUCAAACUUGGUUGAAUUGCAAAGGUUUGAUAUAUGUCGAAAUCAGAUUUCCGGGAUCAUUCCAUCGAGUUUAGGCCAGUUAGUGAAGCUACAAUGGAUGGACUUAUCGAUUAACCGCCUUACAGGGAAUAUUCCGAACAGUUUGCUUGGGAUUGGAAAUCUUAGGCAUGCAAGUUUCAGGGCAAACAGAUUGUGUGGAGAGAUUCCACAAGGAAGACCAUACAACAUAUUUCCCGCAGCAGCUUAUGCACAUAACAAAUGUUUGUGUGGUAAACCACUGCCUCCUUGUAAGGGAAAGAGCCCACCUGAUCAGGGUCAGUGACAAGCUGACUCUUAUUGAAUAAACAAGAUACACUAUCAUUUGUACUCAGUAACUGCCAAUAUGAGGCUUUUCACGUGGCAGUGUAGUAGAUAGGCCUUUUUUAUUCUUACAUUUUCAUAUUCUUUGUGUGAUGCUUGCCUCACAAGUAUCUUGUAUUUUUCAUUUAGUUAUAAAGAUAUCUAUUUCGUUCUAAGUUAUAUAUGUUGGAUUACUUGGAUAGCCAUAGGUGUCCCUAAUUCUAGACCGAAAAUAAUUAUGAAAUCGUAUGAAGAAGGGUAUAUCUUGGUGGAAGGUGAUAUGAGUAGUGAGAUUGCUGAUGUGGCUUGAAAUUACUAUCUAGUCCACGGCUCUAAAAUCUCCAUAAAGCUCUCGAAAGUAGGCCAAGGAGGGGUCUCUGGUGGGAACUUGCAGGGGAAUACCGUCAAUCCCGGAUUGGCACCGAGGGGCGAGGGAUGCCUCCGACGCCUAAGUUGGUACAGAGUAUGAUAAUAAUGUGUUUAGUUUAGAGAGAGUGUGUUUGACUUUGACGAUUAUGGUCCAAAGUCACUUACCUGCAAAUACCCCAAGGGGUUUUAGGUAUAUAUAUAUAGAGAACACAAAUUCUUGUGAAAGACGCUCUCUUUAAGAAACUAUCUCUAAUUGGGCCGACCCAUUAUAUAUUUCUUAAAAUAUUGUAAGUAAGCAAUAAGAAUGAUGUAAGUAGACAUUUAAGAUAUUAAAAGUAGGCAUUAAAGAUAUGGUAAGUAAGCAU